AUGCCUGUUAGAUUUCUAACAUGUACAGUUGGUGAGGCCUAUGAAAAAUUUCGCCAAGAUUAUCCAGGUUUUGAAAUUAGACGUUCAAAAUUCAACAGUCUCAGACCAAAAUAUGCAAAGAAGACAUCAACUCAUGAAGUUUGCGUUUGCAUCUAUCAUGAAAAUAUCUCGCUGCUCAUGGAAAGAUGGUCACGUGUCAGCAAUGAAAAAAUGUCUAACUUACUUGCACUUGUUCUAUGUAAUGCAAAUGAUUUAGCUUCUGUGAGUCGUAGUUGUAAAAAGUGUGGUGAUAUAUUGGCAAGUGAAAAACUACUGUCAAAGUUUAAUGGAACCGUUGAUGAUCCCUGUGACUAUAUGAAAUGGGAACAGGAAGAAAAAAAUGAUCGUAGUAUUAAUAAUACCAGUAGCGGAAUAAGUCGUAUCAAAUCAAGAGGUGCAUCAGGAACAUCAUGUAGAAAUCAAUCCGCAUCAAUGUUAUGGUUUAUAUUCGGUGCUGCGCCCCCGAUAGAAUUUUUCGGUGAUCCGCCAUUCUUGAGAAGUUGA